AUGGCUGCGGCGCGAAAGGCUGAGGGAUUCUCCUUUAGUCUUGAUAAAUCCCCUGGUGUCCCGGAUCUGCGAGGAGAUGCUCUUUACAAACAUGCGCACCACCACGGCACGGGCUCAACCAUCUCCUCUGGACUUGAAGUCGUUUCUUCCCCUUCCGGUCAAUACUCGGACCUCGAGCCGGCGAGCCAAAGAGCCCUAUACCUGCACGAUGGCCUGCACCCAUGGAAUCCCCCAGCAAUCGAACCACAAGACGUACCAGAAAGAGAACGGAUUGGUGGAAUUAACAAGAAAACAUUCUGGAUCCUGGUAGCCGCCGCAGUCGUGAUUCUAGCUGCAGCGGGACUGGGAACAGGACUUGGUGUUGGGCUGUCGCACAACUCGAACGAGGCUGUCACGGAGACUACAGUCAUAUCAGAAUCUGCAACGCCGUCUGCAACACAGACACCACCGACACCGGCACCAACAACCCUCUCCGAGACACUCGUAACCGCCUCGCGUGGCACAAUCAACAACGAAACCGUCGUCCUCUACCGCGACUGCCCCUCGUCAAACAACACACUGUACUCUGUCACCUUCGACUCAACAGCAACAUACCAGUUCCGAAAAGCGUGCAACGCCCGCGUCGUGCACGAAGCGCAAUUCCCAAACCUCGUCAACCAGGUCGUGGCUAGCUUGAACGAGUGCAUGAACCUGUGUGCGAGGUACAACAGGUUCAACACGACCACAAGCACGGAAAUUAGAAAGGGUCGCAACAUUCUAGAAUGGUUGAUCUUCCUUGCAAAGGAAGAGAAGUAG